AUGUUGAGUCUAUUUGUAUGGGAGAUAGGUGGUGCAAGCAAUAAUAGCACCUAUGCAUUUUUUCGUGAUCUUCGCGGUAGCAGAGUGGCAGGAGCACGACGUAUAUUCGGCGGCGCUCCAGCACAACUGAGCGAGUUUCCCGCCGUUUGCGCUUUGCUGGACAGGUUCUGGUCAACGCGAUGUUCAGCUUCAGUACUAUCCUCGCACUGGGCGCUCACAGCCGCGCACUGUAUCUCUCCAUUCAUUACCUAUAUUAAAUACAACACUCGGCAUCCAAUCUACACUGAAGGGAACGUCGUAGCUAUUCAUUACUCAUACCAACAUCCUGAGUAUAGGGUUCUGCAAGAGGACAGUGGUCGUGGCAUGGACGUCACGCUGCUCCACCACGACGUGGGACUCGUUCGAACAAGGGACGAAAUAAAGCUCCACGCUUCAUUGCCGCCUGAUCCUUUGUUGAACUUUCGUCGCUACGAGCCGAUGAAUCUUUUUCAUAAAGAAGUUCAAGUAAUACCACUUUGCGAUAUUAUGAUCGAAAAACAUUAUACAAAAACGUGA